AUGUCGAAUGGCCGCCAUGCUGGGAAAUCCUCGACUGCUUUUCACUUCGCAGCUGGACUAGGAUCAGGUGUGCUUUCAGCCGUUCUCCUACAACCAGCCGACCUCUUAAAAACCCGAGUCCAGCAGUCUGGACACAGCUCCCUCCUCGUAACCAUCCGCGAAAUCUCGAAAUCUUCAACCUCGGUCCUGUCCUUCUGGCGUGGCACUCUCCCCUCAGCAUUGCGAACGGGGUUUGGAUCUGCAAUAUAUUUCACGACGCUGAAUACGCUCCGUCAACAUGUUGCGAAAUCCAAUCUCCUCGUCUCGAUGGGCGCACUCGAUAAGAAUGGGCGACCUAGUCACUCCUCCGCCCUUCCGAAGCUCUCGAACCUCGCGAACCUCACAACAGGCGCGAUAGCGCGAGCAGGAGCAGGAUUCAUACUGAUGCCAAUGACGGUCCUCAAAGUGCGGUACGAGUCGAAUCUUUUUGCGUACAAGUCCAUGGCAGGGGCCACCAAGGACAUCCUGCGAACAGAAGGGUUAAAAGGGUUCUUCGUGGGGUUUGGGGCAACUGCUAUACGAGAUGCCCCGUACGCAGGUUUAUACGUGUUGUUUUACGAGCAGCUGAAAAAACGUCUCAGCUUGCUAACGCAGAAGGUCCCAAUACCAGGAGAAUCAUCUCAUGGCAUGAAAGGCUCGACGUCGGCAUCCAUAAAUUUUGGUUCAGGUAUACUAGCUGCUGCUCUCGCCACGGCUAUCACCAACCCCUUUGACGCUAUCAAGACAAGACUCCAGCUGGAGCCAAGGAAAUAUAUAAAUACUUUGCAGGCGGGUAAGUUGAUGAUUCGGAAUGAUGGGUUGAAGUCGCUUUUUGAUGGGUUGGGGUUGAGGAUGAGUCGCAAGGCUAUGAGCUCCGCGUUGGCGUGGACUUUGUAUGAAGAACUUAUUCGGAGGGCGGAGCUGGCUUGGGUGGAAAAGGCGGAAGCUUAG